AUGGAUGAACUUAAAUUAAGUGAUGAUGUAAUUAAACAAAUUGACCACCGGUAUUGGAAAAUGACUGAAGUACAAGAAUGUUAUGUACAAUAUGGUUUAUGCAAAAAAUGUAACCAGCCUAAAAGAAAUUAUUGGUAUUGCAAUUAUUGUCAUUUUCAACCAAAUUUCAAAAAUUGGACAAGUGGAAAUCAUGACGUUGAUGAAUUUAUUCAAAUAGCACAAUUAAAAGCUAGAAAAGUAAAACAAAUUAUAGAGUGGAUUGAAUAUGAUAAAUUUGAAGAUGUUGAAUAUUUAGCAAAAGGGGGAUUUGGAACUACUUUUAAAGCAGUUUGGAAAGAUGGUCCUUGGAAAACAAAAUAUAUAAAUGAUCCAUGGGAAAGAAAAGGUGAAACAAAAGUCGCUUUAAAGUGCUUACAUAACUCACAAGAUAUUGCAACAGAUUUUUUAAAAGAAGUUGAAUCAAAUAUUUUAGUAUAUUCUUCUGGUUGGACAGUUCGUUGUUAUGGUAUUACCAAAGAUCCGAAAACAAGUAAUUUUAUUAUGGUUAUGGGAUUAAAAAAAGGUGGUUUAAGACAAUAUUUAAAUAAUAAUUUCGUUUCACUGAAUUGGAAACAAAAGUUGUUUAGUUUACAAGGUCUUGCAUAUGGUCUUAGAGAAAUUCAUGAUAGAGGAUUAAUUCAUCAUGAUUUUCAUAGUGGUAAUAUAUUAAGCAAUUUUGAUCAUGGCGCUUUUAUUACUGAUUUGGGAUUAUGUCAACCGGCAAAUGUUAAAUCCUCUCAAAAUAGUAAUAAAAAAAUAUAUGGGGUAUUACCUUAUGUAGCCCCAGAAAUUUUAAAAGGAAAAGAAUAUACUCAAGCAAGUGAUAUUUAUGGAUAUGGAAUUAUUGCAUAUGAAAUUUGUACAGGUUUCCCUCCUUAUUAUGAUAUAGCUCAUGAUGAAUUCUUAGCAAUGAAAAUUUGUAAUGGGUUGAGGCCAAAAUCUAAUUAUAAAAUACCUCAACUAAUUGCUGAUAAAAUUAAUCAAUGUUGGGAUGCAGAUCCUUUAAAACGACCUAAUGCAGAUGAAAUACAGAAGUUCAUGUCAGAAUUAUAUUUUGAUGUUGAAAAAAAUAAAGUGGAUUCUGUAAUUUAUGGGCAAGUUAAAGAGGCAGAUGAAAUUAAUAAAAAGUCAUCUUUUUCAUCACCUUUAAUAUCUACUGGUACUAUAUCAUAUAUGACACAUCCUCAAGCAGUUUACACAAGUAGGCUUUUAGAUUUUAAAAAUCUUCCAGAACCUAAAAAUGUUGACAAUGAUGAUUUAGAAUAUUUAGAUAAAAUUAAUUAA